GACGUUAGGACGUCUGGCGGAAGUGCUGGCAGAAGGCCUUGCGCGGCGGCGGCGGCGGCAGCAGCAGCAGCAGCAGCAGCAGCAGCAGCAGCAGCAGCAGUAGUAGCAGUAGUAGUAGUAGUAGCAGCGGCGGCGGCGGUAACGACAGUAUCGGCGUUAGCGGUAGCGGCAGCAGCGGCAGCAGCGGCAGCAGCGGCUCAAGAUGUCGAUUGAAAUCGAGUCCUCCGACGUGAUCCGGCUCAUCAUGCAGUACCUGAAGGAGAACAGCCUCCACCGGGCGCUCGCCACCCUGCAGGAGGAGACCACGGUGUCCCUCAACACCGUGGACAGUAUCGAGAGCUUCGUGGCGGACAUCAACAGCGGGCACUGGGACACGGUGCUGCAGGCCAUACAGUCGCUGAAGCUGCCUGACAAGACCCUUAUUGACCUCUACGAGCAGGUUGUACUGGAGCUGAUCGAGCUCCGGGAACUGGGGGCUGCCAGGUCCCUGCUGAGGCAGACAGAUCCCAUGAUCAUGCUGAAACAAACCCAGCCUGAGCGCUACAUCCACCUGGAAAACCUUCUGGCUAGGUCCUACUUUGAUCCUCGUGAGGCAUACCCAGAUGGGAGCAGCAAAGAGAAGCGGAGAGCUGCUAUUGCACAAGCUUUGGCUGGAGAAGUCAGUGUGGUACCUCCAUCCCGUCUCAUGGCACUGUUGGGGCAGGCACUGAAAUGGCAGCAGCAUCAGGGCCUGCUUCCUCCUGGUAUGACAAUUGACUUGUUCAGAGGCAAAGCAGCUGUGAAAGAUGUAGAAGAAGAAAAGUUCCCCACACAGCUGAGCAGGCAUAUUAAGUUUGGGCAGAAGUCGCACGUGGAGUGUGCUCGGUUUUCUCCAGAUGGACAGUACCUGGUUACUGGCUCUGUUGAUGGCUUCAUUGAAGUGUGGAACUUCACUACUGGGAAGAUUAGGAAGGAUCUGAAGUACCAGGCACAAGAUAACUUUAUGAUGAUGGAUGAUGCAGUGCUGUGCAUGUGCUUCAGCAGAGAUACAGAAAUGCUAGCAACUGGAGCACAGGAUGGAAAGAUCAAGGUGUGGAAAAUCCAAAGUGGUCAGUGCCUGAGAAGAUUUGAACGAGCACACAGUAAAGGUGUUACAUGCCUCAGUUUCUCUAAAGACAGCAGCCAGAUUCUUAGUGCUUCUUUUGAUCAGACAAUCAGGAUUCAUGGUUUAAAAUCUGGGAAAACUUUAAAGGAAUUCCGUGGUCAUUCCUCCUUUGUCAAUGAAGCUACUUUUACCCAGGAUGGCCACUACAUUAUCAGCGCCUCCUCUGACGGCACAGUGAAGGUUUGGAAUGUGAAGACAACAGAGUGCUCAAACACCUUCAAGUCUCUUGGCAGCACUGCUGGGACAGACAUUACUGUGAACGGUGUCAUUCUGCUGCCUAAAAACCCAGAACACUUCGUUGUUUGCAACAGAUCGAAUACAGUUGUCAUCAUGAAUAUGCAAGGACAAAUUGUAAGAAGCUUUAGCUCUGGUAAGAGAGAAGGUGGUGACUUCGUCUGCUGUGCACUUUCACCUCGCGGUGAAUGGAUCUACUGUGUUGGUGAAGAUUUUGUGCUUUACUGCUUCAGCACAGUGACCGGCAAGCUGGAGAGAACUCUGACGGUUCAUGAAAAGGAUGUCAUUGGCAUUGCUCAUCACCCCCACCAGAACCUGAUUGCCACUUACAGUGAAGAUGGCCUCCUCAAGCUCUGGAAGCCAUAGAUGGAUGUCACAGCCAGCUCUGAAGCGUGCCUGUUUAGUCGCGGGUUAUUGGUGUUUGUGCUUUAACAAGAUCUAAAUGUGCAGAGUAUGAUACUUGCUCAAUUUUUAGUUAGGGUUUCCAGAGAAAUGCUUAAAUACACCAUUGCUUAAUUUCAUAUACUUAUUUUUAUCAGAGUAGUAAAAGUGACUUUGGUGAGAGUGCUUUUGUGUCUCCUGAAGUCUGUACUCUUCCUACAAUGUUUGUAAAAGUUGAAUGAGCCAGGAAGUAGGCACACUUAUGAGUGGUUGCUGACUUCCUAAAAUACAGCAAAAUGUAUUGUGGUUUGUUUUGGUUUUUUUUUUAAUUUGAGUGAAAUGUGGAGUGGGAAAGCUGUUUCUUUCACACUGCUGAAACAAGCAUAGUUUUUCUGGAAUGCACAUGAGGCCACACUUCAGCUUGAAGGCAAGGCCAUUUCUAGUUCAUUGGGUUUUGCUGUGUUCAAUUUUCACUAUAAUUUUUCCAAUUAUAUUGGAAAGUAGUGUCACACAGCUUCCUCAGAAUGAAACUAUGCUUUCCCAUCUGCCAGCAUUUCCUAGUGUAAACUAUAAACUGCCUGAUCUGGCAGGUUUUUUUUUUUCUUUUGUUUUAUUUCACUUCUAGAUUAAAAGUUAUAAGUACUCUCUUCCUGUAAGUGCAAAAUGUCUUCAGACCAGUUGUAACUGAAACAGGCUUUAGGGGAUCAAUAUUUUAAAAUGUGCAAAAGUUGGUUUACAUAGGCUGAGUUCCUAGUGCUAUGAUAAUGCUUUUAAUAAUUAUUUGUAAGAUUUUCUUUUUUUCAAUUUCAUAUGCCUGUGGACCUAGUCAAAGUGAUACUUAGGUCCCACAGAUAAAAAGACACUUUCAGGUUCUUCAUAUGCUCAGUUUGGAGCAAAUGAUUUUAUGAUUUGAGAUCCUGUCUAAUGCACACUGUUGUGAGUGAGCACCAGAAUCUGACCAUGUCUUUUCUACGAUGCAGAAGAUGAGGUUUCUCCUGUAACGAUGAGUGAAACGCUUGUAGCUGUGAAUCUGCUGUGCUGUGUUCUGUCCUCAUCUCUUGUAGAAUGCUUUCCUGCCACAGUAAUCUUUCAAACAGUGAUGAUUUCUCUUUGAUUAAAUAAAUUAGUUCCAAUUCAA